AUGCCCACACAAUUGCCUAUCAGCAAGCAAACCGUGAAGUUGCGGCUCGCUGAAGAGCAAAGGAGGCUCUCCGCGCAGCUCCUACUCUCAGUGAAGCUCAACAACGAUUCUGCCGCUUUUGAAUGCCAAGAUUGCAAGUACGGGACGUUGAAUAUUCGUGACCGUCGGGCAGCGGACGUGGAGAUGCCUAUACUUGACUCGAUCGCUUUAUUGUUGACAACGGGGCAGCCAGGCCGCGACCUUGCCGUAGCAUUGGACAAACGGGAUGCUAACUGGACACUCGUACUAGCGACAAACCACAGCGGUCCCACUGACGAAGAGAGGAAGGCCGCUGAUGCUUCGUUCUUGCCAUCAGGAGCGCCACAAGUGUCGCUGAAAUUAUACCGAACGCCUGUGCAGUCUGCAGGUGCUCCCAUAGUUGGAGGAGACACACGUCACGCCGGACAGGUCCAGAAUACUUCGCUGGAUUCAAGACUUUCCCUGGACGAAAGGAGCCGGUUGCUUAUCGCAAAGGUCUCCCGCCUAAGCGCACUCGAUAUGGAUCUCAGCGACAGUCCCUCAUCACUGCAAUACUUCUCCGAGCUCAUCGAAGCCUCAAAGGCCCUCCUAGACUCAGCCCUCCUACAGGAUAUCGCAGUGUACGGACGCGUCUACGAUGAAGCAUGGGAGACAGCGGCACAAACGGCCAAAGUCCGCCUCCUCAACGUGUACGCAUAUGUAGACGGCGCAUCUGCCCUUUUCAAGCGCCCGUGCGACCCAUUCCUUCGCAGUCAAAUCCGGCAUCGCUGGGUUGAAGAGCCAUUCCCCCACUCGGCAGAAGGUGACUACAACAUUUCGCGAGCAUUCCUGGAGGCGGUCGUUCACGGGUUGGGAGAGAAGAGACUACCUGAUGCACUUUCACACCUCAGUUCAUUGGAUAGCUCAGAAGCAUCACUCACAUUGCGCACUACUCUCCACCCCGAACUACGCCUCAUCCUCAAUAUUGACGCGCAGCACCCUCCGAAUCAAUACGACGAGAAACUGCGCACCGUGCAAGCAAUUGGACAUUGCAAACGAGCGUGCCUUUGCUGCACUCGUUGGAUUGAAUGUUACAACAGCGCCUUUAGGGCUCAGUGGGCGUUGCGGUAUGGGUACGGAAAAAUGGACCCGACAUGGGCAUAUCCAGGUCUUUCGGCAUCAUACUUCCCUGAGACGCCAGCGCCGAUCUCGGAAAUGGAUUUUGACGUGUACUGGCUGGUUAUGGAUCAUUUGCAACACUUGCUUGUUGCGGCCGCAGAUGAUGUCCCCAUCGACGCAGACGAAGAAGAAUAUCAAGAAACGGAUCAUGAAAUUAUGCUCCUCACGGCGCAACUGUGACGAGUACAGUUACAAUCAGCUACAAUGAAUAUGCCGUUCAUUACGUGAUGAACUGGACCGUUGCACAAAUGCACCACAACCCAUCAUAUCGCCAUGUUCAGGCCACACGAACGAGCACUUCCGAGAAAUAUCAUACAGACAGUCAACCAUCACGUUCCAAAGAAAUCUCGACAGUAAUAAUACAUACUGUGGCUCGAAGCCUUUCUCUCAGCAUCAUGUAAAG